CACCAGAGGGCCACCACCAUGCAAAGCCGCCAUGUCUCACUCGGAUUUGUGCGACUUGGGCUGCUGGCCGCUGUGGUGGCCGGGGCUGAGCGCUGCUUGGAGGAUGCCAUUGCACCUUCAGAGCGAAGGAAUCUUAGCAACACCGAAGGUGAGAGCUAUCCACUGGGCAUCUGGGUAAACCAAUGGGCCUCGGGUGAGCUGACUGCUGCCAUGGCACAGAUUCUGAUUCAAGAGAAAUUGGGUUUCCAUGUGCUCACUGGGAAGGGUUCAGUUACAGUUGCGCAGAUCUUUGCUAUGGCUGGGUGCAAAACACCGAACGAUGGGGAGGACCGGGGCUGUGGGCCGGCGCCCAAGCAGACCUACUUCCACGUUGGAAUGGAGGGCUGGACUGGAAGUAAUCCAACCUAUUGGGAUGCAAUCCAGAGAGACUUCCCAGCAACAGCUCCGGUGAAACUGGGCCUCAUUGGCUAUGACGGAAUAUCUGGGCAACACAUUAUGUCUGAGGUGCUUCAGAGGGCAGAAGCUGAAGGACUCUACUUGGAGUUCUACCGCAGCUACAAUGUUUCCUUGCACAAUCCUGGCCUAUACUUUGAUCGCAUCACCAAGGUGAAUACGUCGGACUUGAAGCCAUGCGAACAGACAAUGCUCUUCCACCCAGCAAAUAUGCAGAACUAUCUUGAAACCACAGGAGAUACGGAGGGCGUGGAACUGGUGAAUGGGACACUGCGAGGCAAGUGCUUUGAGGAAUACUUCUGGCUUCCACCUGCUUGUCGGCUGGAGACCUCCAAGUGUUUCCUGUUUCUCACGGCUUUCGGUUACGAGACCGAAGUGAUGAUGCAAAGAGCCACCAUUUUUCACAUGCCGGUGGUGCCGGUCGAUGUGAAGGACUGGGACACAUAUGCCAAACUUGCUGCAGAGGUCUCCUCGUUGUUCUACUGGUGGCAACCGGAUCCCACCUUCAUAGGCAUCAAUACGAAGAUGAUUUCGUAUCCGCCCCACAAUACCAGUGCCUGGAGUCGGGGAAUUUCCCUGUCCGCCACCCAGGGCAUACGUCUUGACAAAUAUGGCAGCCGCGACCUUGAAGUUCUGGCCCCCACGGUUCGGGAGCUGAUUGGAUCCUUUUCCCUCAAGAUGGAUGCUCUGAGUCAGCUCCUACUUCACCAGAAGAUGAAUGGCACUUCUGCCAUGGAAGAGGCGUGCACUUGGUUGAAGGGACAUCGCGAAAUUUGGGAGGAGUGGCUGCCUGACACCACGAAAUGUUUCCCGCAGUUUGGACUCUUCAACAAAGCGACAGAAGUUUUCGUUGAGUCUCGAGAAGGUGAUAGCAGCAGUUUGAUCUGCAAGGCCUGCCCUUCGGGCUCCUUUUCCAGGCCCCUGCGGGAUGGCAAGGGCCUCACCUCCGUUUGCCUUUCCUGCGCUCCGGGCUCCGUCCAGAGUUCCGGCGCGUCCACGGCCUGUGAGCCGUGCCCCUUGGGAGAACAUCAGGAGGACUUUGGGGCUGCAAGCUGCAAGCGCUGUACAGUUGGCAGCUAUCAGAAUGUCACUGGACAGAGUCUCUGCAAGACUUGUCCUGAGAAGCGUACGACUGUUGGACUUGGAGCGGAGUCACUGGCGGAAUGUGUUUGCAAAGCCGGGUUGAUUGAAAUGGACGGGCAAUGCGUUCCUUGCAUCGAGGGCCUCUCUUGCCCCAUUGGCAGCACCGUUGAAGGGCUGCUGAUCGCCACGCUACCAGUCAACGAAAGCGAUGCUGAUGUGCAAGGUCCGUUUCUUCUGCAAGGAUACAACAGUCAUCCCGGUGCUCCGUUGACCAUUUAUCAAUGCCGAGACCAUUGUCCAGGUGGUUCUCCUGGAAGUUGUUCCAAUGGCCGCGUGGGGUUCACCUGUGCCGAAUGCCCCAGGGGGACCUUUGCAUCGCUGGAGGGGCGCUGCGCGCAAUGUGCGGAAGGCAACCAGGCCCUGUGGAUGAUCGGUGUUGGAAUUUUGCUCUUUCUAGGUAUCUUCCCGGCCUACGUCUCGCUGACCCAGCCCUACAGCCCCAAGACGCAGCUGGGGGGCAUCACUGCCUCAAUCCUGGGCUUGCUGGUGAAUCUGGUGCAGAAUCUGCUGGUCAUCAGCACCGCACCUACGUCCUGGCCAGCCUUGAUGCUGGGCAUGACGAACGUGUUGAACGUCAUGACGCUGAACCCGGAGCUCUUGGGCGUCCCCUGCGUUGGCCUCCUGGACGUGGUGACCGUGUACUUUCUGCGGGCCUUGGUCUUUCCCGCUAUGGUUGGCAUUUUGCUGGUGACCUCCGCCUUCAGCCGCCUUUUGCCAAGCGCCCUGCAGGGGCUCCAGCGCUGUGCCGUGCCACGGCGGGUCUUGCGUGGGCACUUCGUGACCAGGCUCUUCGAGCGCUGGACGUGGCAUGGCACGGCCUGUGUCAUUGGCAAGUUCUGCCAAGUGACCUUUCCAACCAUGGCCAAUGUUGGGCUGUCACCCAUGAUGUGCUACAAACAUCCAGGUGGCCAGAUGCACAGCAUAGUAAAGUACAGCAACACCUUUUGUGGUAGCAGCGAUCACGUUCUAAUGCUCACUACUGGUGCGGCUCUGUUGAGCUUCACAGCGGGGUUUCUGGUCUUCUGCAUUUGGGCUGGCCGCAGGGCACCAAGACUGUCACUUGAAGGCCAAGCUGCUGUGAAAUUUCUCUUCGAAGAGUUUCGUCCAGACAUGGCCUGGUUCGGCGUUGUGACUCUGUCGCGGGGUCUCUUUCUGUCCCUGCCCUCGGUCAUUGUGCCCAAUCGACCAAACGUUCAGCUGGUGAUGAUGCACUCGGUGAUGCUGUUUUCGUUAGUCUUUCAGGGCUACUGCCAACCCUGGAAGUCACCAGCCGUGAAUUUGGUGGAUGCGAUCUCCCAGUCGUUGUUUCUGACCUUGCUGGGCAUUGGCUUGGGAGGUCUCGAGCAAAGUGAAGCAGCGGUGGAUGUUUUGAUGACUCUGGGCACGUUUGUUUGUAUCUGUUUACUACUGGUCUUCGCCGUUGCGUUGCUCACCUUCGGCGCGGCGCUGCUGGUGGAGAAGCUCUUCGACAGCGCGCUGGGCCUUGGCCGCCGCUGCGCCAGCCUUGGGGAGGUCCCGGAGCCGGCGCUCAUCGUCUUCCUGCUGCAGAACGUUGCGAGCAGCAUCAAGAGGACUGCCUCGCACAGGACGACUUUUACAGCCGCAGUGGAUCAGCUAGGAACACAUGAUGCUCGUAUGAUCCUCAUGUCCUUGACGAUUCUGGAAAUGGAAAUGGGACUUUCAUCCACGAGAUCAAGCAGCAUGACUCUCCCUGGCGCAGACGCUGAGUUUGCGAAGCAGCUCUCGGACAUUGCGGAGCCCUACCGCAUCGCGGGUGGUGCCCAGCCGCGGGCCCCCAGAACGGGCACGGCCGUAGCGAAGCGGCGCAUGUCGUGUCAGGCGGCGGCCUUUCGUGGCAGCCUGAAGUUCAGCCUCAGUGGCCUCAGCCAGGAGUCCCUCGCUGCAGGCAGCGUGGAUGACUUGGGCGCCCAGGAGCCGAUGUCAGAGACCCUCAACCUGAAGGAUUACUUGGCUCAAGUUGAGGCGGAAAAGAUGGUCAGGGCGGAAUUUUAGACCUUUUAGGCCAUGGCCUUUGAACAAUUGAGGCAAUGUACAUUAUGUACAUGGCCAGGAUUUUUGUGAAGUCGGCUUCCACAGUUAAAAACUGCUCCAUUGGUUGACCUUUCGAGAAAGCCACAUCGGUGGAGACUGUUGGAACUCAACAUCCGUGUGGUUAAACCACCCGGAUGCCGCUGAUGCCACAGAAAGCCAACAACUGCGACUCCGGCGUCAUCCGGGAAACGCCAUGAGAAUCUUCGGUGAAUGACGUGUUGUUUUUGUAAAAAAUGUUUCGUCCAUAUGACCGGAGAAUUGGAGACUGCUUUGUCUCCAACCUGGAUGAUUUUCCCCGUUGGACGUGCGAGAUGUUCAGGCAGUGGUGGGAAAA